AUGGAUAAUCUUUGGCAAAGUCCGUAUGUGAAUACAUUCAAGCAUUUUAACCUAGUAACAUGGAAGAAGGCAACAAAGGAGGGAGAAGUUGUAUCCCUAAUGGACAAGACUGUGAAGAGCACUGUUUACCGCAUCACAGGUUCCAUACCGGCAGGCAACUUCAUCCAGCUUCCAAAAACCAACACACAGUCAUUAGGCCUAACUGGGCGUUACUUCUACUUACUUUUCCGGCCCAUUCCAUCAAAACAUUUUGUUGUACAUCUCGAUGUAGUAACAGCAGAAAACCUUACGAUCCGCGUGUCAUUUUCUACCCUAUUCAAAAGCUUUAAAUCAACGUCAACGUGGCUUCAGUUCCCGUUCGUGUGUGGCACACCUCAAGGUUCUUUGCCACCAUAUGCUGCAGAAAUUGUCAAAGAUCAAAGUGGGCCAGCCCCUAUGGUCACAAAAUGGACAAUCCUGUGCCUGGAUCUCCAACACAUCCUGUCAGUCUACCUGAACAGAAAGUUUCUCUAUGUCAAGUCCAUCAGAUUAUGUGCUAAUAUGCUGGUCAAGAAUGUGUUUACCAGUGAUACACUGUAUGACCCAGGUCUGACAAUGUCUGAUGCCAAACGACAUGGUUUAACAGCUCAAGGAAUUUGUCCUUUGCCACGAGACAUGAGUUAUCCGUUGGGCAAAGGAGAACAUUGGCAUGAUUUGUACGACUGGAUCAGAUUUCCCAGUGAAUCGGGACAUAAGACAUUUGAUGCCAUACAGAUGGCAAGUUCAUCUUCGGUGAUGCCGCCCAAAAGGAUCCAGCCACAGACACUUGAUGUGAGCAAAUGUGUGUCAGACAGGGUGUCCAUGAUACAUAAGCUCACAGCACCAAGACAGCCAGCAAAGUAUGUUACAGUAACCAAAGAUUUGCCAGAAAUGCCGCUUGAUAUGAGUUCAAACUACAAUGAUGAAGAUGUCCAUAUCUAUGCACACCCGGAGAAGUAUAUACCAGACAUGGAGGAGAAUGGGACAGUUAAUGGAAAGAUAUAUUGGGAAGAUUUGAUGCAUUUACAUUUCCCU